AAUAAAAGUAAAGUUAAAAUAAGAAUUUUACAUAAUAGUUUCUAAUAAACACUUGCGUAUGAAAUCCAAAGGCACUUUAGAAAACUUUUGGCAAACUAAUGAAUAUGGGCUGCUGUAAUCAAAAUUUUUGGAUCCAUGACCCAUAGAGCCUGGAAAUGAAAAUGGGCCAUUAUAUAAGUUCAUUUAGUCAUCAAUCACCACCCAGAGUGGUUCGAGGCAUCUUCCACAUUUGUUGUACUAAAAAAAACUAAGUUCGUAAUUUUGGAAGAAAGAACAACGACAAGAAAAAAGAAAAGUAAAAAAAAAACUGAAACAUGUGUUUCACAAAGCUACCUUUUGCUACCACCACUACUAAUCUCUUUCUUCAGUAAAAGAUGCUAGUGGAAUUAACACAUUUAUUAAACGUUCAUAAGCAAAUCAGAAAGAACAAACAAAAAAGAUAAAAUAUGAUAUAAGUGAGUUUAUGCUUAAUUACCCAAGCAAAUAUUGGAUUGGUAAAAAAGAGAUUGGGAGGAGAUUUUCAAAAGGAGGAGGAUUUGGAUUUAGGGGUGGGAGUGAAAAAUGUAUAUGGAAGUGGGGGAAGCCAUGAUUUAGUGUCAUCAGUUGAAGCUCCAAUAUAGGGUAGUGGAGGAGAGGCCAAAGGAAUUGAAUUGAGCAUAAUGGCACUGUUCUUCAAAAUGGAUUUUCUUAGGUAAAACCAAAACCAGAACAAGUUUAAUUCAGACAUACCUGUCUUCCAAGCUCCUUGAUCAGCUUCUACUUUCAGUCAACUGCAAUCUUUGAAACAAAACCAGGGGUGAUUCUGCAGUAGUUUGUUUUUUCAAACAACUUCAAAAUCUUUUUCCAACUCUAGAUGUUAUUCUCCACAACUCUCUAUAGUGGAGUAUAAACAUAAAGUUUCUUUAUACAAAGCUUUGUAUCUACUACUACCCCUCUCUCUUUCUACUUUUCUUUUUCUUUUCUUUUUUCUUCCCCUUCUCUCACUCUCUCAGUACACUUGCAGGAACCUUUUCUUUUUUAUUUAAUUUUUUUCUCUCACCUUCCUUUUUCAUUUUCAAGGCUUUGUUACUGUACUGCUGCUGCUGUUGCUGCUGCACCAUUUUGAUGCCCAUUUAUAUUCUCCCAUCUUGGCUUGCUUUCUUCACUCACCACCUCUCAUCAUCAUCUCAAUUCUCCACCUUGUGCCAAUCAUGGCUCUUCACUCAGCUUUCUUUCUUCUUUUGUUCCUCGCCUCCUCCUCCUCCAUCUCUUCUUCUCAAGUUCUCACUAAUGAUAAUCAGUCUCAGUUCUUCUUUCUCAUGCAAAAGACUGCCUCAGGGAAGUUCCUGUCUGAGUGGGGUCUUUCCGGAGGCAAAUCCUUCUGCAACUUCACUGGAAUCAGCUGCAAUGACCGUGGCCGCGUCGUUGGGAUUGAUAUCUCUGGCAAACUUCUUUCUGGUAGCUUCCCUGGAGAUGUAUGCUCCUACCUGCCAGAGCUGAGAGUUCUUCGUCUUGCUGGUACCGGUUUUCGGGGACGUUUUCCAGCAGGAAUCACCAACUGCUCUCUCCUUGAAGUGCUUGACAUGAGCUCUUUGUAUCUCAAUGGAACAAUCCCGGACUUGUCACAAAUGAAACAGCUGCGUGUGCUUGACCUCUCGUACAAUUCCUUCACUGGCGACUUUCCCAUGUCGGUUUUCGACCUUUUUAACCUCGAGGUGCUGAAUUUCAAUGAGAACUACAACCUCAACUUAUGGAAACUGCCUGAAAACAUCUCCAGCUUGAAGAAGCUGAAAUCCAUGGUCUUGACUACCUGUAUGUUAGACGGUGAAAUCCCGCGGUCAAUAGGGAGCAUGACAUCUCUAGUUGAUCUUGAACUCAGUGGGAACUUUCUCAAGGGAGAGAUUCCAAAAGAAAUCUCCUUACUGAAGAACUUGAAACAACUUGAACUCUAUUACAAUGAACUCACAGGAAACAUACCAGAGGAGCUUGGGAACCUAACAGAGCUUGUGGACGUGGACAUGUCAGUGAACCUUUUGACAGGAGAGCUUCCAGAAUCUAUUUGUAAACUUCCCAAGCUUGAAGUUCUACAGAUUUACAACAAUAGCCUCACAGGAGAGAUUCCAAGUGUACUAGAAAACUCAACAACACUCACUAUGCUAUCACUUUAUGACAACUUUCUCACAGGACAGAUUCCAAAAAAGUUGGGGAAGUUCUCACCAAUGGUUGUCCUCGACUUGUCGGAAAAUCACCUGUCCGGAUCACUGCCAUUGGAUAUUUGCAGGGGGGGGAAAUUGCUGUACUUUCUUGUCCUGGAAAACAGGCUUUCUGGAGAAAUUCCUCCGAGCUUUGGUGAAUGCGAGUCGCUUUUAAGGUUUAGGAUUAGUUUCAAUCAGGUGGUGGGCACAAUUCCUGAAGGAGUUUUGGGUCUCCCCCAUGUUUCGAUUAUUGAUGUUGCUCAUAAUAAUCUAGCCGGUUCGAUUUCGAAUUCGAUCUCACGGGCACAGAACUUGUCGGAAUUGUUCUUGCAAAGAAACAGGAUUUCUGGAGUUAUACCCCCGGAGAUUUCAGGAGCUACCAAUCUGGUGAAGCUUGAUCUCAGCAACAAUCUUCUCUCCGGCCAGGUGCCACCGGAGAUUGGAAAUCUGAAGAAACUCAAUCUGAUGAUGUUACAGGGGAACCAGCUGGAUUCUUCAAUCCCAAAUUCGAUUUCGUCGUUGAAAUCCCUCAACGUUCUCGAUCUCUCCAAUAAUCUUUUAUCCGGGACAAUCCCAGAAAGUUUGAGCCAAUUGUUCCCGAGUUCUCUGAAUUUUUCGAACAAUCAACUUUCAGGUCCAAUUCCUCCAUCUCUGAUCAAACAGGGGUUGGCCGAUAGCUUCUCCGGCAACCCUAAUCUGUGUGUUCCACCGGCGUAUUUCAUUUCACCAGAUCAGAAAUUCCCCAUUUGUUCACAUUUUUCCUUCCAAAAACGCCUAAAUUUCAUCUGGGCGAUCGGGAUUCCACUGCUCAUCUUCUUCGCCGGCGCUGCCCUGUUUCUAAAACGCCGGAUUUCGAGAAAGAGAGCAGAGAUCGAAAACGAAGAAACCCUCUCUUCGUUAUUCUUCCACUUGCAGAGGUUCGACCAAAUCGGGAUUCUCGAAGCCAUGGUGGAAAAGAACAUCGUGGGCCACGGGGGCUCCGGAACGGUCUACAAAAUCGAGCUCGGAAACGGAGAAAUCGUCGCCGUGAAGAGGCUGUGGAAUCGAAGGGCGAAACAUCUCUUCGAUAAGGAAUUGAAAACGGAAGUCGAAACACUAGGCAGUAUAAGGCACAAGAACAUCGUGAAACUCUAUAGCUACUUCUCGGGCCUAAAUUGCAGCCUUCUGGUUUACGAAUAUAUGCCCAACGGCAACCUCUGGGACGCGCUCCAUAGAGGGUGGAUCCAUCUCGAUUGGCCCACGCGCCACCGCAUCGCGGUGGGGGUGGCCCAAGGCCUCGCCUAUCUCCACCACGACCUCUCGCCGCCGGUCAUCCACAGAGACAUCAAAACCACAAACAUUCUAUUAGACGCAGAUUACCAACCGAAAGUUGCAGAUUUCGGCAUAGCCAAAGUUCUUCAAGGAAGCAAAGAUUCAACAAAUUCCGUAAUCGCCGGAACCUACGGCUAUUUAGCCCCAGAAUACGCAUAUUCAUCCAAGGCAACAACCAAAUGCGAUGUGUACAGCUUCGGGGUGGUGCUAAUGGAGCUGAUUACCGGGAAGAAGCCGAUUGAGGCGGAAUACGGAGAGAACAAGAACAUUGUGUUCUGGGUUUCGAACAAAGUGGACACAAAAGAAGGGGUUCUCGAGAUUCUUGACAAAAGACUAAAAGGGUCGUUCAGGGAUGAGAUAAUUAAGGCUCUGAUAAUCGCCAUUCGCUGCACUUACAGGAAUCCAGUGCUGCGACCCGCCAUGGGAGAGGUGGUAGAGCUGCUGCAACAGGUGGAUCCUUGCAAAUUUGACCGACCGUUCAAAGAAGUCAAAAAAGUGGGAGGAUACCCAUGAUGUCACGAUAAUAAAAGUGCCCUUUUUGAGUCCAGAUUCUAAGUUAAAAGGGGGAGUGACCUUUUUUUCUUCUUCUUCUUCUUAUAUGUUUGAAUGAAUUAUAUGAUAAGAUAAGUGGUUUCUCCAAUACUAAAGGGAGGGAGAGAGAGUCAAAGGAGAGACUAAGUUGUUGCUCUUUUGAUAAUGUUUAUUGUUGCCCUCUACUUCUUAAUGUUUUGCUUUGCUAUGCCUAAUAGAUGAAGAAUAUAAGUUCUAAUUUUGU